UGGAUGAUGAAGAUUUGGUCUCAAAAAAAUUUGGAACUUCGGUUUGCAUAUUUUCACAUAAUUCGGUAAUCUGUUCUUUAUUAAAACUUGUUAAUAAUACUUCAAUAAUUUUCCCCGAACUUAACGGAUAUUUC